AAAUUAAGUCAGAGUAUUUGAAGCGUUAGCAAAAUGUAUUUGCCUUAUACCCAGCUACCGGAUCCUACGGAUAAAUUUGAGAUUUAUGAAGAAAUCGCUCAGGGUGUUAAUGCCAAAGUGUUUCGGGCCAAAGAGCUGGACAAUGAUCGUAUAGUGGCUUUGAAAAUCCAACACUACGAUGAGGAACAUCAGGUGUCUAUAGAGGAGGAAUAUCAUACCCUAAGGGAUUAUUGCAAUAGUCCUAAUUUACUGGAGUUCUAUGGCGUUUAUAAAUUGGAAAAGGAUAAUGGACCAGAUGAAAUCUGGUUUGUACUAGAGUACUGUGGCGGUGGUACUGCUGUAGAUUUGGUUAAUAAAUUAAUCAAACUGGAUCGUCGUAUGCGUGAGGAGCAUAUUUCUUAUAUAAUACGCGAAACUUGUCGCGGAGCCAUUGAGCUUAAUCGCAAUCAUGUUUUGCAUCGCGAUAUCCGGGGCGAUAAUAUUUUAUUGACCCGCGAUGGCCGAGUUAAACUGUGUGACUUUGGUUUGUCUCGUCAAGUAGACUCAACAUUUGGUAAACGUGGCACUUGCAUUGGUUCUCCAUGCUGGAUGGCACCCGAAACUGUACAAGCCAUGGAAAGCAAAGAUCCAGAAAUUACUACUCGUGUCGAUGUUUGGGCCUUGGGUAUCACCACCAUUGAAUUGGCCGAUGGCAAACCUCCAUUUGCCGAUAUGCAUCCAUCGCGUGCAUUGUUUCAGAUUGUACGCAAUCCUCCACCAACAUUAUUUAAGCCUUCGAAUUGGUCACAGCAAAUGAACGAUUUCAUUGCCGAAUGUUUGGAAAAGAAUCAGGAGAAUAGACCCAUGAUGGUAGAGAUGGUGGAACAUCCAUUUUUGACGGAACUCUUCGAAAACGAUGAAGAGAUGCAAACUGAUAUACGGGAACUUAUUGCCCUCUCCCGUGACGCUGGCGACUUGUAUAAGGAACCGGAAAUAUUUGUCGAUACCGGCUACAUUAAACGUUUCGAAGGCAAACCGGAACGCAUGCAUCAGGAAGAUUUGGCCGCCAUAGAAAAUCCCGUGGAGGAUAAUAUUUUAGAAAAUCUACGCAUUCGUCUGGAAAUGGGACAAUCUUAUUCAUUUAUUGGUGACAUUUUGCUAGCCAUUAACUCGAAUGAUCUGGAAAAUGAUUUUCCCAUGGAAUUUCAUCAGAAAUACAAUUGCAAAUCGCGCUCAGAAAAUUUGCCGCAUAUUUUCGCCGUGGCCGAUGUGGCCUAUCAGGAUAUGUUGCAUCAUAAGGAGCCGCAACAUGUGGUAUUUUCGGGAGAAAGUUAUUCGGGUAAAUCGACCAAUGUUAAACUGAUGAUUAAGCACUUGUGCUAUUUGGGUGCCGGCAAUAGAGGAGCCACAGAUCGUGUGGAGAAUUCCAUUAAGGCCAUUAUGAUGCUGAUCAAUGCGGGAACACCCAUUAACAAUGAUUCAACACGCUGUGUGCUGCAGUACUUUUUAACGUUUGGCAAAACUGGCAAGAUGUCGGGAGCGGUAUUCAAUAUGUACAUGCUGGAAAAGCUAAGAGUUUCUACCAUGGAUGGAAACCAACAUAAUUUCCAUAUAUUCUAUUUCUUUUACGACUACAUGAAUGCCGAGGGCUUAUUGAAGGAGUACAGUUUAAAGCCAGAACGUGGUUAUCGCUAUUUGCGCAUACCACCCGAUGUACCACCUACCAAACUCAAAUAUCAUCGCGAUGAUCCCCAGGGUAAUGUUGAACAUUACCGGCAAUUUGAGACAAUACUCAAGGAACUCGAUUUUAAUUAUAAACAAUUGGAAACGAUACGUAAAGCGAUGGCUGCCAUUUUGAAUAUCGGCAACAUACGAUUCCGCCAGUCGGGCCGUUAUGCCGAAGUAGAUAAUACCGAAGUUGUGACACGUAUUGCUGAAUUGUUGAGAGUAGAUGAAAAGAAAUUCAUGUGGUCCCUGACCAACUUCAUAAUGGUCAAGGGAGGCAUAGCGGAAAGACGUCAGUAUACCACAGAAGAGGCAAGAGAUGCCCGUGAUGCAGUGGCCUCCACAAUUUACUCUAGAUUGGUGGACUGGAUCAUCAAUAAGAUCAACAUGAAUAUGGCAUUUCCCAGAGCUGUCUUUGGUGACCAGAAUACCAUUGUCAUACAUGACAUGUUUGGUUUUGAAUGUUUCAAUCGCAAUGGUUUGGAGCAAUUGAUGAUCAAUACUUUGAAUGAACAACUGCAGUAUCAUUAUAAUCAGCGUAUAUUUGUCAAUGAAAUGUUGGAAAUGGAAGCGGAAGAUAUACAAACGGUCAAUCUGAAUUUCUAUGACAACAAAGUGGCCUUGGAUAAUCUGCUAACAAAACCCGAUGGCCUGUUCUAUAUCAUUGAUGAUGCCUCACGCAUUAGUCAAGAUCAAGACUUAAUAAUGGAUCGCGUUGUUGAGAAACACAGUCAAUUUAUUAAGAAACACACAGCCACUGAAAUUUCGGUGGCUCAUUACACGGGACGCAUUAUUUACGAUACACGUGCCUUUACCGAUAUUAAUCGCGAUUUUGUGCCACCCGAAAUGAUUGAGGCUUUUAGGUCGUCGUGUGAUGAGAAUAUCAUGAUCAUGUUUACGAAUCAAUUAACUAAAGCGGGUAAUUUAACCAUGAAUUUCGAGGUCCAACACAAGGCCGAAGAUAAUAAAAAAACAGCUUAUGUGAGUAAAAAUUUAAAUUUAAAAUUCAGCAAUUGAUUUUUAAACAUUUUCAAAUCCAUUUACCUUUUUCUUUAGAUUCUCAAUCACCUAACGAACGGUGUCAUAUCACAAGUUAAUAAUCUACGUACUUUGGCUGCCAAUUUCCGUUACACUUGCUUGACCAUGCUCAAAAUUUUAAGCCAAAGCACCAAUGUGGGCGUCCAUUUUGUACGUUGCAUUCGUGCCGACUUGGAAUAUAAACCCCGAAAUUUCCAUUUGGAUAUGGUGCAGCAACAAAUGAAGGCAUUGGGCGUAUUGGAUACCGUUAUUGGUCGUCAACAGGGCUAUUCAUGUCGUUUAACAUUUGAGGAAUUUCUUAAGAGAUAUCAAUUUUUGGCUUUCGAUUUUGAUGAAACUGUCGAUAUAACUUCAGAGAAUUGCCGUUUGCUAUUGAUUCGUUUGAAAAUGGAAGGCUGGGCUAUUGGUAAAUCGAAAGUGUUUUUGCGCUACUACAAUGAUGAAUUUUUGGCCAGAUUAUACGAAAUCCAAGUAAAGAAAGUCAUUAAGGUUCAAUCAAUGAUCAGAGCUCUGUUGGCACGCAAACGUAUGAAGGGUGGUAGCAGUGCAGCUAAAGGCAAAACUGUAGGACAUCAAGAUGUAGCAGCUGCUAAAAUACAAAAAGCUUACCGUGGUUUUCGUGAACGCCAACGCUAUGCUCCUUUGGUGAAUGAAAAGAAUGGCCAAAUCAAUCAAGAGACUGCAGAAUUUAUACGUCAUUAUGUGCGUAAAUGGCGUGAGAAAUCAUUGUUCCAAGUUCUUUUGCACUAUAGAGCUGUAAAAUUUCAAGAUUUUGUUAAUUUAUGCCAACAAGUUCACAUUUACAAUCAGCGUGUUGUGGCUGGUCUUAAUAAAUGUACACGUACCGUACCUUAUGAUCGCAUUAAUACCAGAGAAGUCAAUUCCUCACAACUGGGACCCAUGCCGGUGGCCGUACGUAAAUUGCCCAUGCGUUUAGAUCAAAUACCAUUCUAUGAUACCCAGUAUAUGGUGGAUCCGGCCAAUUCGAUGACAAGACAAACAUAUACAUCAACCGUAACAACGAUGGAUGAUGAUGAACCCUGGGAUAGUCCAUUGCAAAGAAAUCCCUCAACGACAUCAUGUCUAUUGACUUAUAAUGCUUAUAAAAAGGAACAGGCCUGUCAAACUAACUGGGAUCGCAUGGGAGAGAGUGAUGUAAUCUAUAAUCAGAAUUUCUAUCGUGAUCCUAAUAUAAUGAGGAGAAAUCAAAUGCAGAUGCAAAUGAAUGCCUACAACAGCUACAGCAACUACAAUAAUGCAUACCCUCCACCCUGGCAAGGCAAUCGCAAUAGCUCUAGGCGUAAUAGUUUGAAAAAUUAUCCUGCACCACCGCCUCCACCUAUGCCGCCCAUGCAACAGAACAUGUAUAACAGGCAGCCAAUGAAUCAGCCACAACAGAACAUGCGUAAUUCGUAUCCACCGGCUCAAAAUCCUGUUAAUGAGUUACAAAAUCUAAUAGGCCGCCGUGAUUAUAAUGAGGAUAAUUCUGAAGAACCACCAUUCAAUUUUAAGGCCAUGCUACGCAAAACCAAUUAUAAUAGACCUGAAAACAAUUCCACAACCUAUGAAUUCAAUCAGAACAAUCAAUCGUUUCAGCCGCCAAAACUACGACCCACCGGUAGACGCUUUGAGGAGAGUAAUGCGCCACAAUACGGAGCUGCUAAUAAGUUUGGUCAACGUAAUAUGGAAACGCAGUCUUCGAACCAGCAGUCUAGCAGUUAUUCAAAUGAUUACAGCAAUGACAGAUCAACCGAAGAGGCUGGUGGCAACAAUGACGAAGAAGAAUAUGAAAUUUAAAUUUUGUAAAAUUUUUCUUGUUUUUGCCAUGCAGAAAUCAUAAAAUAUUAUACGAUUAUAUUAUAAUGGUUUAUAUAUUUUUAUAAUGAUGAUGAUGAUAAUGAUGAUACUGAUACUUGGUUUGGAAUUCUUCUAAUAAAAGCAAA